GUAUUUAAAGAGUGACUCCAAGGACAGUAGGUGUGCUCUUGGCUGAAUGCCAAGCACCCAGCCGUUAACCCUUUUCUUUAUUAUCUUUGUCUCCUAUUGUCUGCUAUUAAACUUUUUUAAUUUUACCAGAAGAGUGAACCUCGUUUUCCACACUGGCCUCCUUGCCUCUCGGUAAGAAGCGAUUGAAACCUUACCCUGCAGACGCUGCAUGGUCAUUCAAGCGUGUGCUCUACUCGUUGCGUUUUGAGGUCUGAUUCCUCAGGCGGAGCGCAGGGAUUGCACACGGCCGGCGUUUCCCGGUGCCGCCCCGCGCUAUGGCGGCUCGUCCGCUCGGGAGGAUGCUGGGGAGGAUGCUCGGGAUGGUGCCCGGGAGCCGCCGCCCGCUGCUCGGGAGGAUGCUCGGGAUGGUGCCUGGGAGCCGCCGCCCGCUGCUCGGGAGGAUGCUCGGGAUGGUGCCCGGGAGCCGCCGCCCGCUGCUCGGGAGGAUGCUCGGGAUGGUGCCCGGGAGCUGCCGCCCGCUGCUCCCGCUGCGCUCGCCGCUGCCAAGCGGCCGCACCGCGCACCGAGGCACAGACACAGGCCACCUCACUAAACAAGCUGAAGCAGCUGCUGCUACAGACUGGAAAAAAAAAUUGACUCCAGAGCAAUUCUAUGUCACACGAGAAAAAGGAACUGAACCGCCUUUCAGUGGGAUCUAUCUGAAUAACACAGAAUCAGGAAUAUACUGCUGUGUGUGCUGCAAUGCCCCCCUCUUCAGCUCAGAGAAGAAGUACAAUUCUGGGACUGGAUGGCCAUCAUUUUCUGAGGCUUAUGGUACUUGUGGCAGAGAUGAAAGUAACACCAAUAUCCUGAGACGACCAGAUAACUCACUGGGGUCAACUAGAACUGAAGUCAUCUGCAAACAGUGUGAUGCCCACCUAGGUCAUGUGUUUGAUGAUGGACCCACACCUUCUGGGCAGAGGUUCUGUAUCAACAGUGUUUCAUUAAACUUCAAACCAGGCUCUGGUCAGUGAGAAGUGGCUCUCUCCAGCUUGCAGAAUGUUUUUCUCUGCUCAUACAGAGAAAAGUUCCUGUGAAAAGCUCUCAUGCUUUUAAUAUAUAACUCAAAUUUUAGCAUUUAUGCUGUUGUAGCUUUGUUUUCCAGCUCUUAUCAUUGUUGAUAAAAAUGCAUAUUUUUGUUGUAACAGUUUGUCAGUCUGUCUUUCCAUGGUUAAUGUGACAUGUUGAUCUGCUUAUUGUAUUUUUUAAUUAAAAAAAAUAAAUCUGUGCAAUGGUUCACAUUCACAGCUGUCAUCAUUAACUGUAUUGAGGCUGAAAUGAGGUGCUCUCCUGAACCUGACUGCCUAUUCUGAGCAGCAGUUGUGGCACACAGAUGUACAUGGCUGAUCAUGGCAAAGCUUAUACUUCUGUAAAAUCAUCAUAUCCUUCUAAAGAGAAGCAAAAAUAACAUGAAUCUUCAAAUAAGGUCUGGGGUUUUUUUUCCCCCUGAUGUGAGAGACCUUUAGCUGAGCCAAGUGACUUUUCUGUGAACCAUAAAAGCAAAGUCCUGAAGGAAGACCUAAUUAAAACUAUUCCAGACAAUGGAACCAGUGGAGACAUGGAGUCUUUCUUCCUUUAAAUCAAUUAUUUUGAUUCUGUGUCCAAUAGCAGAGUUGAAAUAGGGUAUGUUCCAAAAACUUCUCUUACAGCAAUUAUAUGGUAAUAAUAUAGUGAUAUGUGUAAUAUUUUCAGACUUCUGUUAUCCCUUGUAUAUUUCAGAAUUCA